AUGGUAACUGUGGACAGAAGCAACGAGGCCCCAGGCUGUGCGCCGCAGUCUCGUGAAGGCUGCGAGCGCGCUUUCCGGAACCACUUCCUCUCCGCUGCUUACCGGCACCGCGGAGCCCUCUACGCGCGAACACGUGCGUCCUCCGGCCUGCGCGCCGCCAUGUUCCCGGAAGUUCGGGGUCGCGGAAACUCGUCCGCGCGCGUCCGUUUUCGGGCCUUCGGCGGGGUUCUACUUCCGGCCAGCCUGCAGCCCCCGGGCGGCCGAGGGCCUCGGCACGCCGAGAGCGGCUUUCGCUGUGAUGCUGCGCUAGUCCCAGACCCAGAGAUGGGGAAGGAAGCCCCGGGCAGCGCGCAGCGGCGGCCCGAGCGGGGUGGGGCGGCGGGCUCCACCUCUGCCAAGGGGCAGCCCGAGCGCCCCUCUGCUUCCCACACUUCCACUGAUUACCCCCUCCCAGCCCCGCGUGAGCGUCCCCCUGGUCAUCUUUUUGUGGGGGUUCCCCCUCCGUCCCAAGGCUGCAGGUUGGUGUCCUGGAUGAUCUGUUGCCUGGUGGUGUUGGUGUUUGGGAUGCUGUACCCAGCUUAUGCUUCCCACAAGGCUGUGAAGACCAAGAACAUUCGUGAAUAUGUCCGGUGGCUGAUGUACUGGAUAGCCUUUGCACUGUUCAUGGCUGUGGAGACCUUCACAGACAUCUUUAUUCCCCGGUUCCCUUUCUACUACGAGAUCAAAAUGGCCUUUGUGCUGUGGUUGCUAUCACCUUACACCAAAGGGGCCAGCCUGCUUCACCACAAGUUUGUCCACCCAUCCUUGUCCUGCCAUGAGAACGAGAUUGACACCUGCAUCGUGCAGGCCAAGGAGCGCAGCUAUGAGACGGUGCUCAUCUUUGGGAAAUGGAGCCUCAACAUUGCUGCUUCAGCCACUGUGCAGGCUGCCACCAAGAGUCAGGGUGCACUGGCCGGAAGGCUGCGAAGCUUCUCCAUGCAGGACCUGUGCUCCAUCCCUGAUGCCCUUGCCCCCGCCUACCAGGAUCCCCUCUACCUGGAGGACCAAGUACCUCGCCGCAGGCUACCCAUUGGGUACUGAGCAGGGGGCCAGCUAGACAGCGACACCGACGAUGAGUGUUGGUCAGACACAGAGGCAGUUCCCCAGCCACCCAGCCGGCCCCGAGAGAAGCCUCUGGGCCGCAGCCAGAGCCUGCCUGUGGUCAAGAGGAAGCCACCAGUGCGGGAGGGCACCUCCUCACGCUCCCUGAAGGUUCGGACAAGGAAAAAGACCAUUUCUUCAGACAUGAACAGCUAGGGUCUGCAGAGCCUGGUCUAAUCUUACCUCUUGCUUUAUGGGGCGCUGGGGGCUGUUUGGAGGGGGCCUCUGGCUGCACGUCUGACCUGCCUACACCAGCCGCUCAGGCUCUGUCCUCCUGGCUCCUGGUGUCGUUAAGGGCCAGGUGCUGCCGGGGCCAUGCACAGGGCUAUACCUGUAAUGUACCAAAGCAGGCUGGGCCCAGGAUUCUAUUUAUUGUCUUUCUCAUCCUUCUACCCUCCCGGGUGUGUGGGACCAGAGUCCUUCCCAAACCUCUGCAAGUGAAACCAAAAGUCCACCCAGCUGUGUUCAUUCCUUCCUGUCCUUCAGAGUACUUGACAGCCUCCUCCAAGGCCUUGUGUGUGUGUGUAGGUGUGUGUCCUGGUUGUACGUUUUGUGUUGGUGAAUGAGGUCAGGUUUAUGCACGUUUUGGUAAAU